UUCUCAUUUAGAAGUUGGCAGCGUCAGAGUGAGUACUCUCUAUAGAGAAAAAAACUAAAAGAGAGAGUAAGAGACUGCUGUUAGAGAAACAAUGGGAGACCAAAUGCCAUGUGCAGCUUUGUCUAAUGUAUGGAACAAAGUGAAACCAUUCUUGGCAAUCAUCUCCCUGCAAUUUGGAUAUGCAGGGAUGUAUAUCAUCUCCUUGGUUUCUUUAAAGCAUGGAAUGAGUAAUUUCAUCCUUUGUACCUAUCGUCAUGUUGUUGCCACCAUUAUCAUUGCUCCCUUUGCCUUUGUUCUCGAAAGGAAAAUCCGGCCAAAGAUGACCCUUCCUAUCUUCCUCAGGAUUGUGGUUCUUGGUUUGCUCGAACCAGUACUUGACCAGAACUUAUACUAUUUGGGAAUGAUGAAGACAACUGCAACAUAUUCAUCGGCUUUCGUCAACAUGCUUCCUGCUGUUACUUUCAUAUUGGCAAUGAUUUUUAGGUUAGAGAAGAUCAAUUUGAAGAAGAUAUACAGUGUAGCAAAGAUCAUUGGAACAGCAAUCACUGUGGUAGGGGCAAUGGUGAUGACUUUGUACAAAGGUCCAAUUGUUGAUUUCAUCAAAUCAGGAGGCGUGGCACACCAUGGCACCACCACUGAAUCUGCAGACAAACACUGGGUUACUGGCACCAUAAUGCUUCUAGCAAGUAUCUUAAGCUGGUCAAGUUACUUUAUUUUGCAAUCCUUCACGUUGAAGAUGUACCCAGCCGAGCUCUCUCUUACAGCUUGGAUAUGCUUGAUGGGAACGAUCGAAAAUGCAGUAGCGUCCCUUAUCAUGGUCCGGGGUAUAAGUGCUUGGAAACUAGGUUGGGAUUCAAGGCUCCUUGCUGCGUCUUACUCUGGAAUAGUUUGCUCUGGGAUUGCGUAUUACGUGCAAGGAGUGGUGAUCCGGGAACGAGGACCGGUGUUCCUUACGUCAUUCAGCCCUCUAUGCAUGAUCAUCACUGCUGCUCUCGGUACCUUUGUUUUAUCAGAACAAGUGCACCUUGGAAGCAUUCUUGGAGCCAUUAUCAUAGUCUCAGGGCUUUACACUGUGGUGUGGGGUAAAAGCAAAGAUGGGAAAAGCCCAGAAAGUGAUGAGAAAAGCAAAGGCCUGCAAGAAUUGCCAAUCACAAACAAUGCUAAAUCAAUCAAUGUUGAUGAGAGCAUUGAUGGAGAUGCCAAAAUUGUUAAGAUUCCAGCUUCAAACAGACCCUUUAGCACUUAAGGAACAUAAUAACAUUUCCUUAAUUUCCAUUGUUUAUGUGAAUUUGAAGCAGAGUUGUUCUUCCACAAGCGAAAAAGAUAAAGUACUAUGUAACCAUCCCAUCCCCCUCCCCCCCCCCCCUCUCUCGGCUUCUCUGCAUCAAAGUAACUUGUGUCUUUAUAUAUAUCACCUUUUGAUUGUACUCUGAGGCUUUAAUUUGGUGAAGUAAAAAACAAUGAACCCUUGCGGUUUGCCGUUCUUCUCCAUCUA